AUGAAUGUAUUGACAUCAACAUCAAAAGCACAUAUUUUGCCAAGAAAAUUUUUGAAUAACGAAUUUGAUGUUGAUAGAGGUAAAUUAGCAAAUAGUGUUUCAAGCCAAUCUUCUGAUAAAAUAUCAAAGGCUAUUUCUAAAAAGCGCAAGUUUGGUGAACUUUGGGGAUUAGGAAGAAAAAUUAUGAAAAGAACAUCAAAAAGAGUCAUUAAUGAAGUUGGCAACUUUGAUGAAUUAACCCAUAGCUUUACCAAUAAUAAUUGUAUAACAAAUAUUCGAAAUCCUAUUGAAAGAAGACUAAAAGGUCAUCCCAAAUCAAAAAGAAUUGCAAAUUCUUUUGAAAAGUCCAAUACAAAAAUGAGCUAUAAGUGUAAACUAUGCAAAAAAAAAGGCCAUAAUAGCAAAACUUGCAAAGAAAUAGACAAAUCAGAUAUUAAUGUAGAUAAAACAAAUGAUGAAAUCUGA